CUCUCCCCGGCGAUGCAUCGGUACCACUUGGAUAGAAGUACCACUAAGCACAGGUGGGAGGGCGACUCGCGGUCUACUCUAUUCACCACGUCGGGUACGAUCGCCGAAUUGUAUAGACAAGCUCGUUGUGGUGCCGUGGUACUACCUACCCGUUGGUUCGUAUCUUCCGCGUCUCUUUGGUGAUUCGGGUACUGCCUGUAAGCGAAAGUGCUGCCGCGCGCGAGAUGCGUCGUGACACAGUGACCCAUUAGGGCUGCAGAUCGACCGCCGUCGCAAAGUUUUACUUUCGUUCGAUUAUUGCGUGGGUACUACUUUCGUUUACUUAUUAAAAGGUUCUAAGGCAGACGAAGAUGGCCAAAGCAGACAAGAAAAAGAAAAUGUCCGAAAAAGGCGGCGCGGGCGUGCAGAAAUCCACCAACGGAGACUCAAAAGCCGUCAACAUCGAUUCGAUGACUUGGAAGGAGCGGUACGACUUCCUGGUGGAUAACAUCACCGUGGAGCCCAUGUUGGCUUGCUACAUCAUCCCCAGCGUGUUGGCCAGUUUGGCCACGCAGAAUCUCAAUUUGGAGAAGGCGUGUCGCGUGAACUUGGCGUACUCCGAAGAGGUCUGUGAUGCUCUAACAGCAAGAAGAACUCAAAACUAUACGAUGGAAGAGAAACAAGUACAACAAUUGGUAGCGUCUAUGGGAGUUUGGAAGACGAUGUUGCAGAGCGCCUUACCAGCGUUCCUUAUCAUGUUCGUAGGUUCUUGGAGUGACAGGUGGGGAAAACGGAAACCUUGCAUGCUCUUCCCAAUAUGUGGGGAAUUCAUGACAGUUGUUGGACUGAUGGUUUGCACGUAUUUCUUCGACGAAUUACCGAUGGAAGUGGCUGGAUUCGUCGAAGGUUUCUUCCCAGCUAUUACUGGAGGAUGGUUCACCAUGUUCAUGGGGGUGUUCAGUUACAUUGCUGACGUCACCACUGUUGACGUAAGGACGCUUAGGAUAGGUAUAGUGAACGUCUUCUGCUCGCUGGGAAUCCCCGUGGGCCUAGCCUUGAGCGGCGUCCUGUACAAAAAAAUAGGCUUCUACGGGGUGUUCUCCAUCUCAGCCGUCAUGUACGUCAUGGCCUUCUACUAUGGAUACACGCGCGUCAAGGAACCGAAGAAACUGGACGUUCCGACGUUGCCGGAUCGAAGCUGCGCGUUCAUCAGGGAUUUCUUCGACGUGAAGCACCUGUUGGACACUUUCAAGGUCGCGUUCAAGGAAGGCGAGAACAAGAGGAAGGUCAAGGUCAUGUUGCUGAUGCUGGUGGUUAUGGUGGUGAUUGGACCGAUGCAUGGUGAGAUGAGCGUUGCCUAUCUCUUCACAAGAUUCAGAUUCAAUUGGGACGAAGUGGACUUCAGCGUUUUUUCGACCUACAGCAUGGUUACAAACCUGAUAGGUACCUCGAUUUCUGUGGGCGUAUUCAGCCACCUUUUGAAAGUAGACGAUGCUAUUGUGGGGAUUUAUUCCUCUAUGAGCAAAAUUCUGUCGAGCUUUGUGUAUGGAUUUGCGAAGACACCACUGGUAUUUUAUUUAGGUGCCAUUGUUGAAAUUCUGAACGGCACUUCUUUCAUUGCCAUGCGAUCUAUUGCCUCCAAACUAGUUCCUACUGACGAACUUGGAAAAGUGAAUUCUCUGUUUGGCGCCUGUGAAUCCCUGAUGCCAUUGGUGUAUGGUCCGAUGUACAGCGCCACCUAUGCGGCAACGAUCAACACUAUGCCCGGGGCGUUUUUCAUACUCGGAGGAUUUCUGACGUUUCCAGCGGUUAUUAUAUUCGGCUGGAUGUACCUUCAAGCCAGAAGAGAACAGAAGCAGCAGAAGGUGAAAGAUGACAUUGAAAAACAGAUCAAGCCAGAAGGCAGCUCGAUCAUCAGUGACAUUCUGGCGGCUCCCACGAAACAAGCGCAAAGUGGUUUGCCGAUUGGAACUCCGAUUUUGAACGGUUUCAGGAAGGCGAUUCAAACCGAAGGAAACGGCGUCGCGAAAGAUGUUAAAGAGAAUGGCGUUAGUAAUCCUGCGUUUGAAAUGGAAAAGUGAUAAAUUCAGAUUUUUUUUAUAAUGUCUUCGUGUCGAUUGUUGAUGUAUUUAUACGUUUUUAUACCUCUGAUUGAGGUUGAUUCAGCUCUGCCUUAUUUCGUCGUCCACCUAAACCGUGCUGAUGAUUAACAAUAAGCAUGAAACAGCUGUCCACGGUUGGUCGGAUAUCCAGAAAAUGGAUAUACAGAAGCAAGACAUAUCAACUGGUAUGCUUCUGAAAUAGAACUUUCUGCAUUGAAGAAUCCAGAAAAAAAUAUAGUUUUGUCCUCAGAAGUAUUUUUUCAGAACAUAAGAAACACUACUCGUAUAUACCCUUAAAAAGUAGAGACGAAUUUGACUUCGGUGACCACGAGAAGACAGACAAUGAGAAUAAAAUUAGAGAGAGAUAGACUGGUCAAACCAAUCGGCAGCGUGUUGUCCUCAUUUGGUGAGAGAUGCCUGCGGUGUUGCCAGAAAUAUAGCUCAUUUUAGAAGAAUUUGUUAUUGUUCAUAAAGCUAUGCAUUUUUUGAUCAAAUCUACUUUUGUUUAGACUUACAUUUAUUCAUCGUGGUGAUAUUUAUUAUCCAUUUGCACAUUUACAGUGUCUAUGAAAUUCGGUAGAUUCAAUGACAAAAAUUCGGUAGGAGGAACAAAUAAGUCCGUCACGAGAAGUGCGUUGGAUCAAGGGAUAGUUCUUUAUUAUAUCUUGUACAAUGAGCUUUUCAAACUCCUUUGCAACCAUCAUUGAAACUCCGUUUACUAUUCUUGUUUGUAACAAGAAAAAAAAACGAUUUAUGGAAAGGAAUAAGAGAUAUGCGUACCUACAUAUUUGUAGGCAACCCAAAUCUACGUCCUCCUGCCGUCAGCCUAAGAAUAGGCUUAUGUAUGUCGGAUAUGGGACAUAUAACUAUAUGCACUGCAUAGCAUCUUUUCAGCUUUAUUUUUGGCUUCAGCUCUUUUUCGGAAGAAAACCUGGAUGUAUCUGAAUUAUUUUGAAAAAUCACGCAAAAUAAGAAUGUUUUCGGUAUUUCGGUAAAUGUCUCAUUUCUGUAGAAAUAGCGAAAAAUUAGUAGGUUCGGCAACACUGACACCAAAGUAUUCUCAUUUUAUAUCAGCAUUGCCAGAUCUUGUAAAAUUUCACCAGAUCUGGUGAAUUUAUGAAUUAUUUAAGUUGUAUACAAACAUUACAAAUAUAUUUUUUUCGUUUACAACUAGUAAUGCAGCUUGAAAUGAUAACUUUUAAAAUUCUUGUUGAUUUUUUUAAAUCUGGUGAUUUUUCAUUUCAAUUUCUGGCGAAUUUAAUUAUUUUGACCUGGCAACACUGUUCUGUAUGUACCUUGCACGAACUAUUUGUGCAAGUAUAUAAAUCACAAAAUGUACCCUACAUUCUGCUGAUUGUUUCACGUUUACCAGUGAAUUUCAUAGAAAAUAAUAUUCGUAGACGCUUAGUCAGCAUUCACGUUUUAGCAAAUGAGGACUGAGUCAAAUAUUGCCUAGCGGUGGUCAUAUUAUGUAAAAAUAAAUAAGACUAGCACUACUCUGUUCAACUGAGUAUAAUUUAGCUAAAUAUUUUAUGGCAACUUGGCAACACACAGAUUGCUGUCUUGUAUUAAAUGUGGCAAUGAGGCACCAGUAAUGCAGCUCAAACGAACUUAAACAAACAAAAACGUUUCGCGCAGUGUCCUCUCUUGGUAUACCUUUCUUUCGCCCUAAAUAUUUCAUAAGAUAGUAACGUCAUUUUUUAUUUGGACGAUGCAGAAUUGUAAACUGUGUAUCAACAGUUGGAUAACCCAAUUUAAUCAAACAAUUGGACCAAAUAUUCUGUUGGAAUCAAUUGGUAACUAGCUUAUUAAGGUUCGAUGUUACAUCACGACAUCUCAUACACAACUUAAAAAUCGAAAUCAAGUAAUGAAAAUAGAGUUUUAUAUUUAAGAACUCUGAAUUUUGAUGACUGAAUAUGAUCAGCUUGUACAUAUUGACAAAUUUUUCUUCUUUCUUAUAGUCUUUAGUCUCGGUCCUUUAAAUAUCACAAUGUUGGAGGAUAUUAUUGUAUGAUUACUCUAAGUACCUAGAUAUAUUUAUUACAUAAUUUUUGUAUUUCAACAAGAUAACAAAUGGUAAAUUCCCAAUCCGAACUCGCCAAUUAUUGAAGAGAAUUGAUAUCCAACCAGACCACUUUUUGUGCAGCGGAACGUAUGGAUGGUUGCCUAUCGUCAGGAAAAACAGCUUUGCCAUUUGUCAUAAUUGUGGAAUUUUAUGGCGCCUAUGGUGUCAGUCCAUUUUGUGAUAAUAAUUUAGUAUUUAAACGUUUAUUGUAUUUUAUUGAAGAGAUUAUAUAUUGCAUUUUUUUGUGAUAGAGUAUUAUACUAGCUAUUAUUAAUAAAUAUAAAUUCUAUUUG